CUAUAAUAUGACAAAUCAAUAAAAAUCAAUGAACAAGUGGUAAAAUUUAUCACCAUCAAAUUUGUUGUAAACCUAAUUGGAAACAAAGCCAAUUAUUAUUUUGUUUUUUAAUAGAUGUCCGUGUGAUCGGUACAAGACCCAAGUGAUGUUGAACAUUUUUACUCUGUUUUUCUUUGUUUUCGGCAAUAAAAUAUGAAAAAUAAGAUUUUGACGUACAGUUUAUAACUUUUGACCUUUCUUUAUUUUCCUGCCUCAAGUUCACACCACAAAAAUAGUAAUUUGAUUUAUUAGUUUCCAAGAAACUUGCAGGAAUCUUCAUCAACUUCUCUAAAUUAAAGAUGCCAUAAGCUUUUAGCUGUCCUACCCUCAUCAUACCAGUGUUUAUAUAUAUACUCAAUCAUCACUCCGUGCUCUGUCAUAUAAUCUCUCUAAGAAACUAUUUGUUUUUCUUUCUUCACCUGCCACAUAUUCGAACAGCUUCAAAUCUUUGGCUGUGAAGCAUGGAAUACAAAAGCAAACCCACCAUCUCCAUAACCAUUUCCUGUCUUCUACUCUUUCUAAUUCUGUUCGCGCAUCUAAUAUCAAUCAGAGCUCAAGAAGUUGAGGACGAGAGUGAGUUUGAUUAUAAAAAUGGGAGCGGAAAGGGUCCGGGAAAGUGGGGAGAGCUGAAGAAAGAAUGGGAAGCGUGUAAGAAUGGAGGAAUGCAGUCACCAAUAGAUCUAUCAAAUCAAAGAGUGAGAAUAAUACCCAAAUUGGGUGUUCUCAAGAGGAACUAUAAACCUAGUAAUGCCACCGUCAAGAACAGAGGUCAUGAUAUUUCGCUUCAAUGGGAUAUGGGUAAAGCGGGAUCAAUCCAGAUUAAUGGCUCUGAGUAUUUCCUCCAACAAUGUCACUGGCACUCACCUUCCGAGCACACCAUCAAUGGCAGAAGAUAUGAUAUGGAGUUGCAUAUGGUUCAUGAGAGCUCAGACGGUGGUAUUGCUGUGGUCGGUCUCCUCUAUAAAAUUGGUCCCCCCGAUGCUUUCCUCUCCAAGUUGAUGGGUCAUUUAAGUCCCAUGAGGGAUCAAAAGAGAGAGAAUAAAAUGGGGAUGAUGCAUCCUGAAGAUAUCAAAUUGCUUGGGAAGAAGUAUUAUAGAUAUAUGGGCUCACUUACUGUUCCUCCAUGCUCUGAAGGCGUUAUCUGGACCCUCAAUAAAAAGUUAAGCACUGUCUCAAGGGAACAAGUUAAACUAGUACGAGAUGUUGUGCACGAUUACGCGGAGGAGAAUGCAAGGCCAGUGCAACCACUCAAUAGUCGUCAGAUCCAAUUCUACGAUCCAAGCCCAGAAGAUUAAUUAGUUAAUUAUAUAAUUAAUGAAUUAAUAGUAUCGACAAAAAAAUUUUGUAUUAUUCGUCUGAAUGGUUGGUUGCUUUCAUGGAUUUUCUUUUCAAUUGCUAAUAGGGGAUUAAUUUUGUCAUUAGUGGAGAAGAUCAACAUGUCAAUCAAAGCAAGUGGAUCCUAGAGUUUAGCACACCUGUAUAUGUACACCCCACACGUGGCUAGCUAUUCUAUUCAGCUACGUAGCAUUAAUUAAUUCGUGUAUUCAU